CCUGUUAUCACUUUUUAACUCUGUUAGCGAGGUCGAAAAAGCUUUAGGUCUAUCACUUAAAAUUUUUGACCGCCUUGAGAAACGAAAAAUGAUCGGACUGAAAACGGUGUUUCUUUUUGUAAACGCUUUGGCGUUUUCAGCAGCGCUUUCUAACAUUGUAGAUUCUUUAACAGCAAAUAACGCCACAACUUUAGUAAAUCUAAUCGACCAGGCAGGGCUCACGGAUACGCUGAAAAAUAAAGGGCCUUUCACAAUAUUUGCACCAACAAAUGCGGCUAUUGGUAAAGUACCAGCAGCAGAUCUUCAGGCUUUGAGUGGUGAUGCUAAUGCUUUGCAAAAUGUCUUAUUGUACCAUGUGGUAAAUGGAGACAUAUUUUCCUGGGAUCUAAGGACAGGGGAGCGACUGACAAGCCUUAACAAUCACACAAUAAGAGUGUAUAGCAGCGGCGGAAAACACUACUUCAAUCAGGCGCUGGCUGUAGUGGAAGAGAUACAGGCAUCAAAUGGUGUAAUCUAUUUGAUUGAUGAGGUUCUCAAUGUACCUGAAGGAACUAUUUGGGAUAUUUUGAACAACCCAGACUAUAAUCUUACUGAGUUUGCUAAUGCCGCACAGCACGCUCGUUUAGAUUCAAUGUUCAAGCAAGUUUCAAGUACAAGCCGUUACACCGUCUUUGCUCCCAUGAACUCAGCUUUCCAGAGCUUGCCAACAUCUCUCGUCAACAAGAUAUUGUCUAGCAUUACAUACGGAAGAUAUAUUGUAGAUUAUCACACUCAUCGAGGAACACUUCACGCCUCUAGCCUUGCUAAGGAUGGAUCAGUGUCUACGUUACAUACCGGCCAUGUUAUCACCAUUUCCCAUGAUGCCAACACCGGUGAACCUCUCCUCAACAAACUGGCACAUGUGGUUAUUCAGGACAUUGAAGCUGAAAAUGGAGUGGUGCACGUGAUUACACACGUGCUGAUACCGUCAUCACUCGCAGGAAUCGUCGGUUGAUAUGUCUUUGUUGACUAUUUGACAAAAAUAAAACAGACUGAGUAAUA